AUGCCUCACUAUAAGCGAGAGGGAGCAACAGCAGAUGUAUUAAGGGAGUUUUCUUUGGGGGUGGAGGGGGGAGUGCUGCUGCUGCUGCAGAUGCAGCUGCGUCGCAGCAGCAAAGUGCUGCUGCAGCAGCAGCAGCAACUGCAGCAGCAGGAACUGCAGCAGAUCAAUCUACAGGUGAAUGCCCGUCAUCCUCCUCCUCAUCAACAACAGCAGCAGCAGCAGCAGCAGCAGCAGGAGCAGCAGCAGCAGCAGCAGCAGCAGCAGCAGGAGACAGCUGCUGUUCUUAUAGUAGAGAGAUGCUACUCAGACUUUGCUUCUUUUGUUCGUCUCCUCCAUCAACAAAAUAAAAUUAAUCAUUCUACACUCAAAUUCUAUGCUUGGCAGCUUCUUAAUGGUGUAGCUCGUCUACACGGUCGUGGUGUUAUACACCGCGACCUGAAACCCGAAAAUAUUUUGGUUGCGGCAGCAAAAGUAAAGGAAGGAGAAGAGCUGCUGCGGGGGGGUGUGGGGGUACUCAAGGUUGCAGACCUAGGCAUGGCCAGGAAGAUGAGGCCCCUGCUAGCUCAGCAGCCUGCAGGUACCCGAGCAUGGUCUCUACCAUUUGGUGGUCUUUCUCCUCCCCCUCCAUCUCCCCCUCUCUCUUCUCGUGCCCCUCAUCAGCAGCAGCAGCAGCAGCAGCAGCAACAGCAGCAGCAGCAGCGGCAGCAGCAGGAGCAGCAGGAGGAGGAGGAGUACCGGCGUUGUAUAGAGGGGGGCCCCUCUGGGUGCCCCCCUGGGUGCCCCCCUGGGGGGCCCCCUGGGGGCCCCCUUGGGGAGUCAGCCCGCGUGGUGACCCUGCCUUAUAGACCCCCCGAAAUAUUAGCUGCAGCAGCAAACACACAAAGCGCAGCGAAGCUGCCGCCUGCGACAUGUGGUCCUUGGGCGUGA